AUGGCCUCCAGCUCGGAUGGCCACCAUUUCGCUGACUUUUCGGGCCCUUCCAAUCCUUUCACCUCAGCUGGCGACUUGAACUUUCAGCUCCAGACUCUUUUAGAGGCCAAGAAAGAGCAACUGAACCAAGCUGCUCUUUUUGGCCAGCAAAUUCUUGACCAGCAGAAGGAAUUGCACGAGCGCAUCAGGCAGUUGCAGGAAGUGGAGGGUCAGAAGGAGGAGGACGAUGAAGUUGAUCCAGAUUCACGAAUUAGGUACGAACAACUGGCGGAGACCAUCAGAGUUUGGGACGCACAGAAUGCUCAGUUUGGAAACCACUUCGUGAAUGGCAAAGAUCCUUCAUUGGAUCCACCACGUGAAGAACACGAACGGCCAAAGGCAGGCUCCUCUGCGGCUCAGUCUAGGCGCGCCAAAAAUGCAGCGCAUAGAGCCGACAAUGUUGAAUUCGCGCUCGAGAUUGGCAGUGGACUCCUGACUGAGGUUCGACGGCUGCAAAGUCUCCUCGGGGAGCGCGAUAAGGCCAUUCAGGACAUGAAAGAGGAGAAGGAUGACCUAGACAAGACCUUGGAGAGCUUCAGGACGGCUCUCAGGCAGCAGGAACAGAGCGCAGACAAAUACAAGGAAGAGAACUGGAAUCUUGAAGUCACGCUCCAGGAACUGCGGGUACAGCUGUCCGAUUCCCAGGCCACUGCUCAACGUCUAGAAGGCGAGCACAAACGUCUGACGAAGCUUCUUGCAACGGCGCGAGACGCUGGUGACCAGCACAAGAAUGAAGCCGAACGCUUGAACAACACUAUUGAGGAGAUGAAGGCCAAGCACGAGACCGACAUUGCUCACGCUCGUAAACAUGCAGCUAGCUUAGCACGCGACAAGUCGGAUCUACAGCAGACAGUCGACCAAAUGAAGACAGAGGCAGCGCGUUCGGGGCGUCGCCUGCCAAGGUUUGGCUCACCAUUGACUCCCAAUGGCGCCGCGGGAUCGGACUUCUUAACGCCUGGCGGACUGGACGAGGACGAUGUUUUCAGUACCGGAGGUGCAUCCACAAAUCGUAGAAGAAUGGACAACUCUGCUAUAUAUCAAGGUGGUGUAGACGAAUUCGGUAUGACCGACGAAUUGAUGGAUACUCCUGAUCCAUCUCCUUCGCGCUCCUUCCUCCGUCCCAGCCCUCGUCCCAGUCGCGAAGUUGAAGAACUACAGCAGAAGCUCGCUCAUGCUCAGAGGCAAAUCAGCAGUCUCACGCACCGAGUGAAGAGGGAGAAAGAGCUCAAGAUGGACUUCAAGCGUCAGUUAAUGGAAAAUUCGCCAGGGAUGGCCAUCAUCGACGAUGACGAAGAAGACUACGAGGAUGAGGAAACUGUUGAAGGCAGGGCCAAUAUCUCCACCCGGCGCGUCACUCCCUAUCGUCGGGGAACCGCACGUGGUCGCGGUAUUCGUGGUCGGGGCAGAGGGACAACCCUUGCGGAGCGUUUACGAUACGCUGCGAACAGCCCUGCGUCGGCUUACGGCGAUCUCCCAGAGCCCGGCUCCCCUGCGCCUCCCGUCCCCUCUAUACCUGGUCACUUCCAAGGCUCUACUGAGGAUCUAUUCGAUGAUCAUCCAGAAUUCCGAGAAGAGGAAUUCGAUGUGGACAAUGAAUUCGAAGAAGGACCACGAUCACCGUCUCCUCCCGAACCUCCAUCCAAUCGCACUAGUGUGGACGGUAUGGACCCCCAAUUCGCCAAUGUGCUUAAGCGUACACCAUCUACGAGCUCGAUUCCAGCAAAUGGUAGCCCUCUACGACGUUCCACUCUCGUUAGAUCAGUUCGCGGUGGAACAGUUGGCCGCAGACAACGAGGUGGCAAGGCGUACUCUGAGGCGCGUCCAGAGUCGCUGGUUGGACAACCAGAGGACCUGCUCCAGGCGCUUGCAACGGGCGCUUCACCGCUGAAGGACAAUAGCAUUGUAGAGGAAGUGCUUGGUGAAUUUGACGUCGAGGCUGAAUCAGAUUCUGAGCCAGCUAAGGAGAUGGUCGAGUUUGCGUGCCAGACAGAACCUGAAGUAGAAGAACCGAAGGUCGUCGAACCCGUCAGGGCCAUGGCCGAGAUUGGGAUCCAGUCUGAGGUCGAGGAGGUCCCCCCAAUUCCCGAACCCGUGCUCCCAGUUCAACCAGUCACCCACGAGAUAGAAAUUCAAACUGAGGAACCCCCAGUCCUCGAGGUGCAGCGUAUAGAAAUGGCCAUACAGCAUGACGCUCCUGUUGAAGUCAAGCCAAUACUCGCUUCCAUGGGUAUCAAUACAGAGCCUGAGCCUACACCCUUCGUUCCAGUGUUGGUUCCCGCCGAGACUCAAACACCUCCUGCUUCCAUGUCUGACAUGGAAAUCCAAACAAUGCCACCAGCAGAGCCCGAGUCAGCGAGGCGCGCAACGGUCGUCCAGGCAGAUUUCUCCCCUUCUCCAUCAUAUGAAGCAAGCGACUUGAGCGGCGACUCUACUCUUACGGGACGUACUGCUCGUUUGUUCUUGGCUGCGCAACCUGAGGGCUAUGAUGAUCUCGACGAAGGUGAAGAGACUGAGACUGGUGCUGAGACCGAAACCGAGCCAGAAGGCUAUCAUUCAGCUAUAAUGUCCACUCCCUCGGUGUCUCAGGACGAUUUCCACUCCAUGAUGACCAUGACCGAUGUCGACGGCGUUUCAGACUCGGACGACGAUGGUGAUAGCAUUGUGGUGUCAAGACUGGGAGAACGGUCGUCUGCGGGUACCCCUGCUGACAUGUCGUCGAUGGCCCCAAGUAGAGCAUCCUUCUACACAGAAGCCCCCGAGCCUCCUCAGACACCCGAACCAACGGUGACAUACGAAGAGAAAGCCAUCGAAACGGACGUUAUUGAAGAGCCGGAGGUCACGGUCGUGGACGAGCCCGUCGUUGUGCCAGUACCGGAGCCAGAGCCAGUGGUGGAAGAAGUGAAGGUCGAGGAGCCCCCGAAGCCAGAGGUGAAGGAAAUAUCAAUACAGACCGACGAGUGGGUUCCCCCCGCACCCCCACCUCCACCGCCUCCUGCGCCGCUCCCCAUCCCUACUUCACCAAGUUUUGCGCUCUAUCGCGUUGGAUCGGCUGGUCAACAGUUCCAGUUCGUUCCUCCCAGCUCUGCAUCUUCCACUGCUCCUUCACGAUCUGGGACGCCAUCCCUUAUCUCCUCUCCUGUACCAGUUUUAGCCAGCCUUCAGCGAGAAUCUUCUGUGCCGUUUGCCACACACAGCCGUACAUCCACCGCCGACCGCCGACAGUCUAUGGAUUCUGUCGUUUCUUCCCUUAUGGAUAAAGACGAGCCUCUCCCCCGUUUCAGAGUUCCGUCAACGGGAACUGCGCUUACGGUCGUAGAUAAAUCGAAGCCACCUAUGAUGGCAUUGCCUCCGCCUCCAAGACUACCCCCACCACCAACCGCCAUGGCCCCGCCAUCAUUCAUCCCCGAGAGGCGGCAGGCAACAACAUCCACCGGCUCAUACGACGUGCCGCCUCCUCGACCAUCAUCACCUCCACCUCCCGAGCUCAUACAACGUGCUACCACACCUACCUUUGGUUCAGUCUUGAAUGUUCCUGGGCGUCCUAAACAGAUUUUGCGGCAACAUGGCUCAAUGCCUCCUCCCCAAGACGGCCUCCGGCAGCCACCAUCCACGAGCAGUUUCCGGUCAGCUGCGAACGCUGCGUCUCAUGCAGCUCAGAACGUUGCUGCUAGUAUGGGUCUCAUGAACGCCUCCGCUAUCAAGGACCGCGAGCGAAGAGAGUUUUCUCAAACGUCUCUCAUCUCCGCCUCGCCCAGAUCUUCCAUCUCAUCCGAUCAUAUGUUCGCCAACCAGUCGCAAGGAUCGAAUGCACCUGUAACACCUAACAGAACGGCUGAUCUAUCGGCGAGAACACCAAGAGCAGUUGGUGGUGCCUCCACAGACCCUACCAUCAUCCAUGCCAUCACUCAGACCAUGAUUGGCGAGUUCAUGUACAAAUAUACGCGCAAGGCGAUCGGCAAGGGAUAUGGGCAAACAAGACAUCGUCGCUUUUUCUGGGUACAUCCUUACACGAAGACUUUGUAUUGGAGCUCUGCCGAUCCUGGCUCAUGGAAUGUCUCUGAGUCUAGCGCUAAAAGCGCGUACAUCGAGGGAGUCCGUGCAGUGCUUGAUCCUAAUCCAAUGCCACCUGGGUUGUACCAGUACAGCGUGGUUGUGUCCACCCCCCAUAGAGAGAUGAAGAUUACUGCCCCCACGAAGGAACGGCACGAAAUCUGGCUCAAUGCUCUCAAGUAUCUCCUCUCCCGGCCUGCCGACGCAAAUAUAACCUCACCCGCAAACAUGACAAUGGUCCCGCAAAGCCCUAAGUCAGUCGAUUUUACAGACGAUGAUCGCCUCCCAAUUACCUCCAGUCCGCGAAGCCAAAGAAGCUCACGGAGUAUGCGCCCUGGUGAGACCUGGAACACUACUCCUCGCGGUAAACGUAGUCGAUCUCAACUAUCUGUCGGUGGUUCUAUUGGAAAGCGAUCUGGCACGCCAGCUGCCGAAUACCUCCGCUGGAACGGCCCCGAAAGUCCUUACAGCCCUACAAAAUCUUUCGAGCAUAUCGGUGCGCAGGAUGAUGAAGAGUUGGACUUCGAGUUGCACGGUGAUUCUCGUUCUGACGAUGGGUUCGAGGGUCUGGAAAAUGUUCGCGCGUGCUGCGAUGGCAGACAUACCGUAGGACACUCGGGCAAGCAUCAUCACCAUCACCACAGUCACCCCAUCGAAGCACCCAGACCAGAGAACCAGCAUCUCGACGUUGCCCCCAGAGAACCCGCCCGGCCUGCCUCUCCGGCCUGGUCGUUCCGCUCAAGGGCGGGAAGUACUAAUUCACAUGAGGGAGGUGGAGGCAUCUUUUCUUGGGGUCGAGGCGAAGACGGCAAAUUGCGAUUCGGCUCUCGACGGUCGAAGACUGUACCUACGCACGAUUCAUAA